AUGUCGUCUUUCUCAACUUCAAUUGGAUGCUGUGGGUUUCUUCGCUACAAGACAAGAAAAAAUCUCAAUUCCGAUAAAUCAAAGCAUGGUGAAGAGAGUAUUUCAAAUGAAUUUGAGAAAAUUUCAUUGAGUAGUCAGCAUUCUAUGCCAAAUUAUUCGUGGAUGGAUGGUCGGCGGUUUCUUGAUGAUUCUAAUUAUAUUUUGCCAAAAGAUGAUGAAGAACAUUUUCUAGUUAAACAUAUUUUAGAUGGAAAUUAUAAGGCACCAAUAACUGACACAAUGAAAAAAUGUUUAGACGUUGGCUCGGGUAAUGGUACAUGGCUUAUGGAUAUGGCGAGUGAAUUUCCCGAUGUCUCAUUUAUUGGAGUUGAUAUUGAUCCACAAUCACCUAGCACAAUAUAUCCGCAAAAUUGUCAAUUUGAUACAUACGAUAUUUUAGGUGGUCUACCAUAUGAAGACGAAACCUUUGAUUAUGUGCAUUGUCGGUGGGUUAUUUGUUGGUUACCUCGUGAAAAAAGUAGAUUUGUGCUUGAAGAAAUAAUACGAGUUACGAAACGCGGUGGUUGGAUAGAGUUUCUUGAAAGCAAUUUUGCAGAAGUAAGGAAUCCCGGUCCAAUUUUCAAAUCACUAUGGAAUACAUGGAAAGAAAUAUCAGAAUUACGAAGAUACGACAAUCACAUUGUAAUUACUCUCGAAAAGAUAUUGAGUGAACUUCCGAUAGAUAAAUUAUCGAAUACAAAAAUAUCAGUACCAGUUGGUAAAAAAGGAGGAAAGAUUGGUGAAAUAUGGAAAGGAAUUCUCGAAG